AUGAGUGAAAGCCCUCUGAUGGAGUACGAGCUGCAGUCUCUGGCUCCUGUCUCGGGCCCCGGGGCCACGGCGGGGCUCCUGCUGGCUCCGGACACAGAGCAGAUCACGGCGCUUUGUUUCGUGGGACUCCUGCUGCUGUUUUUGGUGUUCCUGCUGGUGCGGUGUUUCCGGAUUCUCCUGGACCCCUACAGCAGCAUGCCGUCCUCAUCGUGGUCUGAUCCUAAAGACGGAUUGGAGAGGGGACA